AUGGCGAAAAUUAUUGAGCUGGAUGAAAAGCAACCUCAAAGUAAAACAAAGAAAAACGUGUCAAAAGUGAAACAAACUCGUAAUAAAUCAGAGGAAAUUGCUGGCGUAUCAGUAAUACAGCGAAUAGUUGCCGUAGCAGUUAUUAUAACUGCUUAUAUUUAUGGGAGAGACUAUUUUCUGAAUCGUUAUAUACUGGGUGAAGAUUUUGAGACGUUUGCCAGCGUUUCGGAGUUCAUUUCGGAGAGGUCUACAUUUGUACCUUGCUCAAAGGAUUAUGGAAGUGAAUUUAAAAGAUGCAUACCUAAAAAAUGCGGGCGGUUUGUGAUGGAUUCUGUCGUUACCAAACAGGAGGCAAUCAACCUGAGGAAACUAGCAGAAAAGGGCAUGAGUCACGGAGGGGGGAGUGGAGGUGCCACCAUACUUGACCUGCAUUCAGGUGCUUUAUCAGUCGGUGACAAAUUUGUGAACAUCUAUUCAUUAACAGCAAAAAAUAAUGAACCAGUAUUCUCAAAAGAAGAUUUUGAGUUAUACAAAAGGGUUAAGGAAAAGAUUCAUUUUGCUGUAGCACAUAAAUUUGGCAUUGACCCACAAGUCUUGUAUCUCACAAAACCAACAUUUUUCUCAAGGAUGAACUCCCAGCCGGCGGUAACACUGCAUGAUGAGUAUUGGCACCCACACAUCGAUAAGGUCACUUAUGGUUCAUUUUUCUACACAUCCUUACUCUAUUUAAGCGAUAGCACCAAGGAUUUCUCAGGAGGUCGAUUUGUUUUCAUAGACAAAAAUGUGAACAUCACAGUGGAGCCAAGGUUGGGUCGGUUAUCAUUCUUCACAUCAGGGUCAGAAAAUGAACAUUUUGUUGAAAAAAUUGAGAAGGGAACAAGAUUUGCAAUCACUGUGUCAUUUACUUGUGAUAAGAAGUUUGCUAUUAGCAACCCCAAUGGAAAAUUAAAGUCUUAAAUUUUAAUUGUAAUCUGAUAGCUAUACUUUAAGGCAAUGCUCCUGAGAAUAAAUGUUUUCAUAAAACUUCAUGAGAAAUUCAAAUAUGUUUUAUGAUUCAUAUUUCAUGAAUGCUCCAAUGGUUUUGUUUUUUAAUUUUUGUUGAAGGAUAAUAUUUAUGGUAUAAAUUAUUAUUGUGUUGUGAUAUACAAAUGUUUAGUAAUAUGCCUUUUAAAUUUAUAUUAGGAAUAAAAGUAAUAUGCCUUUUAAAUUUAUAUGGAAUAUUGCACAUUGCAGAGGUUUUAGAGACAGAACUAAGCAGCAAAGUUUAUAAAGUAU